GUCAGCCAUCAAGCAGUCAGCACUCAGCCGCUACCACGGCCAGCCAUCCCGGGAAUCCCUCUUAACGGCCAGAAAACGACAAGCAAGCCACAAACUAAUAAGGAGUCAUCAUACCAUUGAAAGCAAUAUUUUUCAUCGUAAAAUACAAUAUCCGACUAUCGGUCGCGUUGCGACAUUCGUCUUCGACGGGAGUUAAAAAAGGCGGUCCAGAUCGGAGAAACUUUUGUUCUUCGCUUCCGCUCGGCCACUUUAAAGAGGAGGCACAGUCACUGCAUCCAGACAUUCACUGGCCAUCCAGCCACGAAAGCGAAUACAUCCACUUUGAUAUUCCUCCGCAUCGAAUUGCAAUUUUUAUUUGUGAAAGAAAUAACAAGACUAAACGAGGUAUUUUGAAAAAUGAUGAAAGCCUUGCUCAUAGCGUUCCUUCUGAUAGGAGCAACCUAUUGCCAAGACUCUGAGCAAUCGACACGCCAUCCUGAUGACAAUCUAAUUGUUACAAGCACGGGCGCUUCUGAUAACAGAGAAGCAAACCAAGAGGAUGAACCCACUAUUUUAUUACCAGAGCCAGUUAAUGUAGCUCACGCCGUUGGUAUUAACGAAGAUGGGGCCGGAGAAGGCAUAGUCCCUCGUGUCGAAAUCGACUUCGACGGUGUCCCUGUUGUUCACGGAGUCAGAAUGCCCGAUGAUCCCAGCGACACGAAAACAUGGCGUAAUGCACGUGUUCUGAACAACGUCCUCAUCGAAGGACAGCAACAAAGGGCAGACAAUAACUCGGCCAUCCAAGAGCAACAAGACAUGUUCAUCUACCGGCCAGCAAGUUCCGUCCGCAUCCUCAAUGAUGACUUCCAGCCCAGUCAAGCCGAUACUUCAGCCUUUACACCUUCGCUACCUUACCCUGCUUUCUACUACCAGAGGUUCUAUCAGGACAAGAGUACCGUACAGCCACCGCUUCCAGAUUCUUUGGCUGUUGAGACGGACGAAGAAGAUACUUCCAGCAGCCCCAGCGAUGCCGUAGAACAAGCGACUGAAGAUAGCACUGUUGAUGGCCGUGGAUUCAACAUAAAAAAGAAGAACACGGGCAUCGUCAAAGCCAAGCCAGGAUCUACCUACGGCUCUGGUGCUCGGCCAAUCAGUUUCUACGUUAAACCAGAAGAGGCCAAGACGAUCCAUGAUGACCGCAGUCCUUAUGAAUACGAGCCAGCUCAGCAUCAGUCGACUAAUUAUUACACCAGUGAUUACUCUACUCAGGAAUCUAUCUCCAAACAAGACAUCCAAUACUAUCAACAGCAAUUAGAGCAACAACAACAACAACAAUUGCAACAGCAGCUACAAGAAGAGCAGCAAAUGAAACUGAAGCACCAGCAAGAGCAGAAGCAAUUGCAAUUGCUACAAGAACAACAACUGAAGCUACAUCAACAACAACAACUGCAAUUGCAACAAGAACAACAAUAUAAACUGCAACAACAACAGCUCCUUCAACAACAACAACAACAAGAACAACUGCAAUUAGCUCAGGCUCAACAACAAUACCAACAAGAAACGAACCCACAACGCACUGGUUACUACCAGCAAAACGGAUUUCUACCAGGAAAUGUUGUCCCUGCUCCGGCUGAUGCCUUCACCAUUCAAGAACAGACCUACACCAGCGGAGGCCAGACUUUCAGUGUACCCAUACCUGUACCCAAUAAUCGAUACGCUCAACAGUACGACCGGCCACAGAUUGCUCAACAGCAGCCACAAUACCAGUACAAUUUCCAACAAUAUCCUCCUCAGUUUUCGCAGCAAUAUUACAAACAACAGCAACAGGUUCAGCAGCCACUCGACUUCCUCGGCUCAAAGUUGAAGGAACAGGUUCAGAAAGCUAAAGACAAGCUGCAUGGUAUUACCGAUCCAGUGGUUGAUCCGUUAGUAGAGGCUGGUCAAAAGAUCUCCUCUAAUUUGGGUCUACCUGAUCGCGUGAGUCAGAUCAACGAGAAGGUGGCCACUCCCGGCGUCCUCGUCCCUCUGGCCAUGGUCGGUGGAGCCGCUCUGGCCCUCGGCGGCCUCAGCACGGCCAUCCAUUUGAGCAAUCCUGAAACUAAAAAUAAUGUCUUCAAGACCCUGAAGAUCAACAAUUCAACACUGGCUGAACGCAUCACGACAGCUUUGCAUCCGCAUCUCAACAUUUCUAGGGUUACACGUUCCCUCAGCGAUGAAGACGAAGGCUAUCCAGCUAGUGAAUUCGUCAAUGAAGAGAAAGAAAAUCUUCUUGACCACGUUCUUUCUGCCCUCAACGGCCCGCAGAAAUCCUUCCUGACCCAAUUGCAGCGCACUGGAUUCGACGAAUGGCAGAAAACUCCGUGCGCCAAGCGAAUCUUUUGUGACGUGAUGGUUCAGCAGAACGACGACGCCAUUAGCCUUAUGGAGAAACGCAUGUCCACCUUCCUCAGUCUACUGGACAGCGGUGUGGCACGCAAUUUGCAAGCUUUGACAUCUGACGUGAUGGAUGGAAUUCGCCGUAGGAACUGCCGAGCAUUUGUUUGUGGCAAAGCCCAACCUGAAAUUUUGACUCAAAAGCAGUGAAAUGUCCUCUCCUAAAAAAGGACCGA